UGAACGUGAUUGGAUAAUAUAUAUAUGCACUACUAGUAGGUUCAUAUGACAUUGUCAACAUUUGAUAUGGUGAAUAUUUUGUCAUUAAUCAUUUACAUUAUUUUGUUCUGAGUUUGGCAGAAACAUGCAACUCUAAGUGCCAUGACAAAAGGAACGCUGUUUGCACUAUGAGUCUAUUUAGGGCCACUGUUUAGUGUCUUAUCAGUAUUGCCAAGUGCAAUACCAAAGAUACUGAGCUAGCACUGCAGGCCUACAAGUUUACAAUGAACAACAAGCUGUCACGUAUCACCAGGCAGCAUACUCCCAUCUGCCUCGUUACAGUCAAGUAUGCUUUAUCUCACCCUCUCACGUGUGCGCGAAACGCCACCGCAUUGGUCAUUUCAGACCGAGGGAAGUUGUUUUUGUUAUAAUUCAGGAAGAACCCUACUCAUUUCAAAAAUAGGUGGGGAUUUUUGUCAGAAUUACAUUAUUUUGAAAGGAAAUGAUUAUAAUCCUGAGCACUAUCGAGUGUGGAUAGCGAGCAAAUAGAUACAUUUCCCAUCACCUGCAAAUCAAUCACCAUUCCAGCCCAGCCACCCCACCUGUGUGGUCGGACCAGGUCUGGCCCGUUGGCAUGGCGAUGAUGGAGGAAGGGGCGCGGAGCUGCCUGCUUCAGUCACGCUCCAGCCUGGAGCAGGACAUCAGGGCUUCCUACCUGAUGGAUCACAUGAUCAGUGACGGCGUGCUGACGGUCCAGGGGGUGCUGAGUGAGGGCGGCGUGCCUCAGAGACCUGUGGUGUUUGUGAGCCGGCCAGCCCUGGUGAACCGGGUCAGGGAGAAGCUCUACCACUUGCAGAAGGAGCCCGGCUGGGUCACUGUGUUCGGCAUGGCCGGCUCCGGCAAGUCUGUCUUGGCUGCGGAGGCAGUCCGAGACCACGCACUCAUCACAGUCCAGGCGGUGCUGAGUGAGGGCGGCGUGCCCCAGAGACCCGUGGUGUUUGUGAGCCGGCCAGCACUGGUGAACCGGGUCAGGGAGAAGCUCUACCGCUUGCAGAAGGAGCCCGGCUGGGUCACUGUGUUCGGCAUGGCCGGCUCCGGCAAGUCUGUCUUGGCUGCGGAGGCAGUCCGAGACCACGCACUCAUCACAGAGUGUUUUCCAGGAGGAGUCCACUGGCUGUCCAUAGGCCAGCUGGACCGGUCUGACCUGCUGGUUAGGAUCCAGUCACUGUGUUUCCGCCUGGAGCAGCAGAGCCAGGAGAAAGACCCCWYGUCCUCMGUCCACCGGCCUCCUGGCUCUCUGGAGGAGGCCAAGGAGCGACUACGCUUCCUCAUGCUCCGUCGUUACCCCAGGUCGUUGCUGAUACUGGAUGACAUCUGGGACAGCUCGGUGCUCAAGGCCUUUGACAUCCAGUGUCGAGUACUGCUCACCACCCGAGACAGAAGCCUAGCCGACUGUGUCAGCGGUUCUAAGUCUGAGGUGGCAGUGGAGAGUGGUCUGGAGGAGGGUCAGGCCUUGGAGAUCCUCGCCCUGUAUGUCAACGGGAAACCCCAGAGACUCCCAGAACAGGCCCGCAGCAUUGUCCGAGAGUGCAAAGGCUCCCCCUUGGUGGUGUCCCUAAUCGGGGCCCUGCUGCGGGAGUUCCCGGACCGCUGGGCCUACUACCUGCACACGCUCCAGCAGAAGAAGUUCAAGCGUAUCCGUAAGUCGUCUUCGUAUGACUACGAUGCCCUUGACCAGGCCAGUGCCAGCAUCCAGGUCCUGUCUGAGGAACACAGGGACUGUACAUUGACCUCCACCGUGCUGGAGAAGGACGUCAAAGUACCUGCGCAGGUUCUGUCGGUUCUGUGGGAUCUAGAACCGGAGGAGGUAGACGUUCUCCAGGACUUUGUGAACAAGUCCCUACUGGUCCGUGACUGUCACCACCGGCCCUACCUCUACUACCUCCAUGACCUCCAACUGGACUUCCUGGCUGAGAUGAACCGCUCUGGUCUAGAGAGCCUCCACACCAAGGUGGUGCGUCAGUACCAGCAGCGCUACAGCCAGGGUCCCCCCACCUCAGGAGAUGAAGAGUGCCUCUACUGGUUCAGAUUCCUCACCUACCACAUGGCCAAGGCCAACCUCACACAGGAGUUGUACUCUCUGAUGUUCUCUCUGGACUGGGUCAGAACUAAAGCUCAGAUUAUGGGACCGGCUCAUCUCAUCAAUGACUAUGUGGAGUACGGCGCCGUACUGGACAAAGAGAACAGCGAGGUGCGGGGCCACUUCCAGGAGUUCCUGUCUCUGAACGGCCACCAGUUGGAGCAGCGUCCGUUCCCUGACGUAGUGCAGCUGGCCCUGUCACAGCCAGACUCCUCUGAGGUGUACCGCCAGGCCCUGCUGCAGGCGCAGGAGAGGGCCACCACAGGGGGACUCUACCUUGACUGGGUGAACAAAAGUAGUCUGAAGAGCCUGUCUCGUCUGGUGGUCCAGCCCCACCAGGGAUCCAUCUACUCUGCCUGCUUCUCCCACGACGGCACCAAUAUCGCCUCCUGUGGCUCCAGCAAGACACUGCGAGUGUUUAAGAGCACCUCUGGGGAGAAGCUGCUGGAGAUCCAGGCCCACGACGAUGAGGUGCUCUGCUGCGCCUUCUCCCCGGAUGACCGUCUCCUAGCAACCUGCUCAAGUGAUAGGAAGGUCAAGGUUUGGAACGUGGAGCGUGGGACUCUGAUGAGGGUGUUUGAGGACGAACACGAGGAGCAGGUCAACCAUUGUCAGUUCACCAACACAAGCUUACGCCUCCUACUGGCCACCUGCUCCAACGACAAGUUCAUGAACACCAAGCUGUGGAACAUCAAUAAACCCUCCUCCCAGAACACCAUGUUUGGUCAUUUGGAGCCUGUCAAUCACUGCUGUUUCUCCCCUGAUGACGCCUACCUCUCCACCUCUUCCAACGACGGAACCCUGAAGCUGUGGGAGGUGUCCUCGGCCAAUGAGUGGAAGUCCAUAGACGUGGCGGACAUGUUCCCGGAGCAGAGCGAGCAGACGGAGGUCAUGGUGAAGUGCAGCACCUGGUCAGCAGACGGCAGGACCAUCAUCUGUGCUGCCAGGAACGCAGUCUUUGUGUUGGAGGUGCCGUCAGGGACCUCUCUAGCCACUCUUCAGGGUCACACCAGGGCAGUUCUCCACUGCCAGUUCACCCCGGAGGGACACACACUCAUCACCUCCUCUGAGGACACCACCAUACGGGUGUGGAGGUGGAGGACAGGUGAGUGUGUGGUUCUGGAGGGCCACAAGGAGCAGGUCAGAUGUUUCUCUCUGCUCACGACCUCACCCUCCUCAGAGACACAUCUCCUCAGCUGGUCCUUUGACGGCACCAUCAAGGUGUGGGACAUGUCUAGUGGUGAACGGCUGCAGGACCUAGUGUGUCACCAGGGGGCGGUGCUAGCCUGUGACGUGUCGCCUGACGGACAGCUCUUCGCCACCACCUCCGCUGACAAGACUGCUAAGGUGUGGAGUAGUGCAUCGUGGGAGUGCGUGCGCCUGUUGAACGGCCACCAGGACUGUGUCCGCAGCUGCCGCUUCUCUUGGGACGGCCGGCGCCUAGCAACCGGUGACGACAACGGAGAGAUACGGCUGUGGAACGUGAAGGAUGGAUCUCUGCUUAAGAUCUGUUCCCGUGACAACAAGGACGCCAUGGACUCUCUGCACGGAGGCUGGGUGACCGACCUGCACUUCUCCCCAGACAACACUGUGCUGCUGUCUACAGGAGGAUACAUUAAGUGGUGGAACGUGGAGAAAGGAGAGGCCCUCCAGACCUUCUACCCGACAGGAACCAAUCUGAAAAGGAUCCACGUGUCACCUGACUUCUCCACCUUCGUCACCAUCGACAAUAUCGGAAUCCUCUACAUCCUGAAGAAGGUGGAAUGAGAGGGAGGCAUAGCGCAUUAGUCUAAAGUGGUUUCCUUAUAGCGCAUUAGUCUAAAGGUGGGUUUUCCUUAUAGCUGCAUUAGUCUAAAGGGGGCGUAACUCAAUAAUGGAAAUAGUUCUCGUCUCUCCUUGCAUUGAUCUGAAAGAGCCGACAGGUGAGAGCCAAUGUCGUUAGUCAUCUGCCAUGUUGUUUAGCC